UCAAUGGUUUUGAUUCGUUGACCGAAUGCAGUGAAGUAUUUGUCAAAAGUGAAGUUUCAACGGUUUUUCACCAUGUCGUCCCGUAUCAGAAGUACUUUUGGCACAACGCAAACAAUGAGGACAGCCAACCAGGAAAAUAUUCCAACAAUACUGGAGGGAAAGAAUGUUCAAAAUGAUGCAGUAAGAUUGACGAAAAGGCCCGCCUUAGUCACAACAACAAACACCAUCUCACAACAGCAAGCAGCAGUGAAUGCAGCAGCUGCAGCUAAAGAGAAAUCAAAACUUGUCAAGAGACCCGUCCUAGCUGAGCGGAAGCCGUUGGUUACUGCCCGCAACCCCAUCAGAGCUGGCGCCAAGCUGCCUCAACCAUCUUCCGUCACGACCUCCAGGCCUCUAAGCAGAACAAGUGGUUUACCAGUUCCCUCCUCCCGAUUGCCGACCGGUAGCAGUACUUUAACCAGAAAACCCAGUGUCCUUAAAUCCGUUGAAAAUAUCUCACUUCCCAAAUUAGAACAAUUAAAAAUCACCAGCGAAAAGACAGAAGAUGAACAGUGUGAUUUACCCGCUUUUAGUGAAAUUGAAGAUAUUGAUGCCAACGAUCGCGACAAUCCAUUCUUAGUAUCACCCUAUGUCAAUGAUGUCUAUGACUAUCUGAGGAACUUAGAGGCAAGAAAUCCCAUCAAGAAAGACUUUUUGCAAGGAGCUCUGAUCACGUCCUCAAUGAGAGGCACUCUCGUCUCUUGGUUAGUGGAAGUGCAAGUGCAGUAUCGCUUGACCCCAGAAACUCUUCAUCAGACUAUUUUCAUCGUUGAUAAUUAUUUACAGAGAACGAAAGACCUGCCGAAAAACAGACUCCAGUUGGUUGGUGUGACUGCAAUGUUCAUCGCAGCCAAAUACGAGGAAACCUACUGCCCAGACAUUGAAGCAUUUGUUUACAUUUCAGACAACGCUUUUACAAGUGGAGAAGUGCUGGCGAUGGAGAAAAAGAUUGUGAAAUGCCUGGACUUCGCAAUUAAUCGACCACUGUCAAUUCAUUUCCUUCGGCGUUACAGCAAAGCUGCAGGGGCAACAUCAAUAAUUCACUCCUAUGGGAAAUAUUUCCUCGAGCUUGCCUUGGUGGAUUAUGCUUUUACUCACAUUCCUCCAUCCAAAGUUGCAGCUGCAGCCACAUACAUAGCUCUAAGUGCCAGUAAAAACUCGUCUUUAUCCUGUGAAUCCACAUGGACCCAGGAACUACACUACUACUCAAAGUAUUCAUUCAAAGUGAUCAAGCCCAUCGUCAAUUUGCUAGCAAAUACCAUCCAGCAUGUCACCGCAUCCAAGAAAAUGAAUGUUAUCAAAGUCAAAUACUCGCAGGAGAACUUCCUCAGGGUCGCCAUUGCUACAGCUAUUCAACCAGCUCGCAUAAGAGAACUACUGGAAAAGCAAUGAAGCUGAAACCAUUUGUGUUUGUAUAGCCGUAACCGAAAAUGAAUGAAAGAAAAAGAGACUGUCCUAUUAUUGGAAUUGUGUAUUGACAGUCCUUUUUCAAGUGAUUUUAAUCUAUGUAUUAAUCCUGUUUUCCAUUGCAGUCAUUAUCUGUUGUUUUCAUUGUAUUUUUGUGGAGGUCUGCUCAAUUGGUAUCUUAAUUAUUCCUUUUUGCACAAAAUUUUUCCAAUGACUCAGGUUUUCAUCUUAAUGAGGUAGCUUUAUUAAUCAGUUUUUGUUGAAUCUCCACCUCGGCCAAUAUUAUGCUCAUUAUUGUCACAAAUCAUUGUCUCUUACACAAAGGAAUGUAACUCAUCUUUGUUGCUUCCGUAUUCAUAAAAUGAUUUUUUCAUAACUGAACCAUCGCCUAAAUUUUCUCAAGAUUUUAGAUUCUUUUCUAAUAAGUGUAAAAAAAAAUAAUUGAAAAUGUUACGCAAACCUAUGGCACAAUUCUCCUGUAAGGAAAAUGAAUUGUCAAUAAAGAAUACUGAAGUAGGGCAAUUCGGUUAUGUUCCUUCAUGUAGGAGGCGAGGAACUAAUCAUUUUUCUCCUACGAAGGCAGACAAGAGCUGGCAGUAUUCAUGGCGAGUUCACUAAUUUUUUUUUCCUUUAGAUGACCUUCGAGAGCAUCCGCUUAGUUUUCAUUCUCAGUUUGAUAGUGAGAAAACUAGUCAAAAACUAGUCUUCUUUUUCUUUUGAAUUGUUUUAAAGAGCUUUAAGAGAGUUUUUGCUUUUCGAGUAUUUGAAUAUGAGUAUCGAAAAGCAGACUAGUGCCCUUAGACACUGAGUGACGAACAUGUAGCAUCUGUUAGUAAACUCUGAAAAUACCAUCCUUUGAUCAGUCAUACAUUUUGUAGUAAAUUCUAUACCACUAUUGGACAGCUUCAGCCAGAAUCAGUGUACCUGUAUUACGCAUUGCCUCUUUUCCUGCCUAUUUAUUACUAUCAUUUAAAAGAGGAAACCGAGCAGCAUUUUGGCCUCAAAAUUUUAUGGAGUUUUUCUCUGUGAUCUGAAGAGAUUAAGAGAAAGUUUCAAGGCAUGAUGAUGCAUAUUUUUUGAGAGGAAAAAACCUGAAUGAAAUUUCCAAGUGUGAACACUGUUGGACUGAUACUGGUCAGAGCCUUUCAAUUUAAUGCAUGUACUAUGAAAGGUAUGAAGGUAUGAAGGUGUACGAUCAGUUAAGUUUCUUUAAAUUUUCAUGACUUAUUCAGUAUUUCUCCUGAAAAUCGCAGGCCUUGUCUAAAAUGCUGGAUGAUUUUUUAGCACAUGCUAAGAAGUAAAAGUUGCUUUAAAAUAAAUUUUUCUCAAGUUUUGAGAAAACUAUAAAUUUUUGAGAAUAGAGUUUAGAGAAGGGUCAAGCUACUUUCAUUAACUUUCUACUCUUUUUUGAGCUAAUCGAGUUAAAAAUUCACUUUUUCACGGAUAUUUCAUGAUAACAAGUUGUAAGGAACCCUCUGAAGUUUUCAAGUAAUUUUUUGUUCUCCAACUCCCAGUGUUACUGUUUCACCACGGAAUCAAUUCGGAGGAUGAAAAAUGGCCCACAAAUUUUGGAGAGUUUUUCCUAAAAGUUACUGUAAUAUCACCCUGGACAAAUUUUCGACCUAUUAGUUCAACAAGGACUUGAAAUCAGUCACCGAACAACUAACAUUUGUUUAAAGACAACUUUUGCUGUAUUCGCUCAUGGCAUUGCUACAUUGGAGUAGUUAAGUGCCAGUAGGUCCUUUUGAUAGGUCCGUCUUUGAUCGUUUUUCAGUUUUUAGAUGCAGAGGUUUAGUGUGGAGAUUCAAAUGAAAACUAAUGUCAAUGGCUUUUCAAAAGCUGGAAUUUUGUAGUUCCCAAUUAUUAUACUUGUACAGUGCAAGUUUAAUUUUGCACUAGUAACUGACUCGAGCACUCCACAAGGAUCAUCAAUUCAUAUUUUUUACCUUGUACAUAUUCAAUUGUUUUAUUCAAUCAGCUCUCAAUGUUUCAACUUUACCAUUUGGUCUACAGCCGAGUAUCUCUUUUAAAAUUUUUGGGAUUUGUAGAGUCUGUUAUAUGCAAAAAAGACUCCAAAAAUUUAAUUUUUGAAUUACCAAAUUCCCUUUGGAAUGAAUUUUUUCUUUUUGAAGGUUGUUCAUUGUUCCCAUGAUCAUUGGUUUCCAGAAGUUACGCUAAGAUAAAUCUGUAAGAAAAAUUGUUUUAAACUCUUGAUAAGAAUUCCUAUAGCUGCAAUUUUGACUUUUUAAGUGACCUUUUCCAUUUUAAAACUUGCAAUUGAAUUCAAAUUAGAGUAUUUGUCAACUAUUAAUGUAUAAGACCACAAGAAUUCAACCGUUUGUGUUUUGAUGCUGACGGUUGUAAGCAAACUGCCCUACUUUCUGUUUAGUUUAAAUUUCUUUGUCUUUGUAUUCUUUUCCUGCAGCUCUUUUAUGUACUUUUUUGCAAGAUUUGCCGACUUUUACCAACAUACCUCUGACCAAUUUAUAGUUUCCUAGUAGAAAUUUCUAGUUGACUAUUCAUAAUCAAAUCUGAUAGACUUAUUUUAUAUCUAGUUAAUUACAUAGUAUUAAUAAUGUUUUUGGAGAAACUCCGACCAAUAAUGUUCAAACCGCUCUACUGUACAGCCUAAUGACUGAAGCAUUUAAAAUUUUUUCACCAAAUGAACUGAUAGAGUCAAAAUAGUUUGUGCAAGUGAUAUGUAAAUAUUCGGUGAUUCAAAUAAACGUUUUUUAUUUUUACUAA